AUGACGACUACAGAAACAGCAACAACGCAGACAACCAUGGACCCUACAACAUUUGCUUCCACGCUUGGCUAUACGACUGAGAUCAUAACAUCACUAAGUACUAGUGAAACAACUGUUGACAAUGGCGCUACUACCUACGAGACUUCCACCGCGCUUCCUACUAUUCAAACAUUAAUGUUUGACGAGACCACCAUUCAAACUACUCAGGAGGCUUCGACAACCGCAGAUGUAGCUGAUGACACAACAAUAGUGCAGAUAACAGAAGUGGUCACAGACUAUUCGACAUACAUUUCUUCGGUACCACCUCCUACAACCCAGGCAUCCACCCCUACCGAAACAACAGAAAUAUCGGUUAUAUCAACAGAAGUUACAGAAACUGAAGCGUCCACUCCAUUGUUUUCUACCACUGGUCUCGGCUCUACAGCAGUAUACAUUGCUACCUCAGAAGUGGGCACUGAGGUAACCUCUACCACAGUACCCUCUCACCAGAUUCCAACAGAUGACCACACCACAGGUCCAACUACUGACAUGACGUCAUCCGUUCCUAUGACAACGGUUGAUGUGACACCAUCCAUUCCAAGCACAGAGUAUGCGACAGAAAUUGUUUCAGCGGAUACAAGCACCUCUGACGCGACAGCUCAAGUUGCAACUUUCUCCAGUAUAAAAAGUGACACUACAUCUCAACCAACUACACCUGUUCAACCAACUACGUCCUAUCUAGCAACGGAGACUACAGGUCAAGAUACAACAGAACCUACAACGCCCUCUAGUACAGAUGUCACAACCCUCCGGCAUACACUCUUUAGUAUAACGGCGAGUACAAGUGACACAACAUCUCAACCAACUACAUCCCAUCUAGCAACAGAGACUACAGGCCAAGGUUCAACACAACCUACAGCUCCUUCUAGUACAGCCCAGACAACUGUAACAGCGUCCUCGCCAACAACCCUGGCCAGUACAAUUGACAGUACCAGCCAAAUCACAACUCAGCCAACCACGUUAGAUGAGACAACUACAGCCCAAAUUACAACCCAGCAAAUUACCCUGUCUAGUCCGACCGACGAAAACACGGCUCAUGAAACAACGCCAUUUGUUACAACCAGCAUAGCUGUUACAACCACAGCCCAGCCAACCACAACCCAGCCUACUACUAUCUUAGGUAUAACAACUGACGCGACAAGUCAACUAACGACCUAUCAAAGCACACUCUCCAAUACAUCAGCCAGAACUAGUGACGAAAGGACUCAACCAAACACCGAAGAAACAAAAAUUACAAGUACAGCACAGCCUACGACACCAUCUAGUGUGACACAAACAACACUUGUAGCAGUUACAACGGAUGAAGGGUCUACAACGCUUACUUCAGCUGGAACCACUGUCGACGACAGAGGGUCUUUGACUUCGAUUUCUACCGAGAUAAAAAGCACAGCAAAGACAUCGACAGAACAAAAUUCGAUAGGAACACAUUCGUCUAUUUCUGUCACCAAUGUCUCAAGCAUGAUUAAUGCAAACGGCAACUCAGGCGCUUCUAAGGCAUCUCAAGACGCUGUGAUUAGCACUGACGCAACAGUAGGUAUCACACUGGGAAUCAUAACAUUGGCUGUUGUUAUUGGUUUCUUUCUAUACGUCAAAUGGAAAAAGGCAAGCGUUCGACCAAUGGGAUCUACCGACACAGAAUCUCAAGCGAUUACCCCCACUGCAUGGUCUGAGAUGUUCCGCGAAUAUUUUAGAAAAGAGCAGUUGGUCAGUGAUGGCGGUCAGCAGGUAGGCGAAUCGUCUCCAGAGGGAGACAGAUAUCGUAUGCGAACGCCCUGUCCCAGAGGGGAUUUUACAUUCAUGACUCCGACGCUACCGGGCACGCCCGACCGCAGGGAGAGUCAUGCUGUAGUCAUCCCAAUGGAUAACAGUGCAUUGUCCCCUUCUAACGAAACCCAGCAACUAAUGCCAUCUACGCCAGGAACUGGUAUCACAGAAGAGACUCAACCGGAAAGCCAGUAG